AUGGCGUCGGUAGGUUUUCUUUCUUUUCCCUCCUCCACACCGCGAGAACAAAUUUGCUGAAAGAGUACAAGGUACAUGAACCCGAAUUGAGCUCCAACCAGGAUGAGAUUCGAAGUUCUCUUCACCUUCGCAUCGAUCUCCCAUCCACCCAAACCCCCGAGAGCAAAGCCCCAAGAUCGGUUGAAGUCGUCUACUCCAUCCCAGUUGGAUGCGACACGAUGAAAUUCCUCAACGAGGAUGUCCGAUACCAUUAUGUCCUGACCAAGGUCGCCUACGUCUGCAAGCCCAGCCCAAAGAAUGAAGAGGUCGUGGAGAUCAAGGAUAUCAAGCCUUUGCCUUUGCCAUUGGCCGUUCAAUAUCCUACGAAGCAAUUGCAAAAGCAUUGGGGACCCUCUGAACUGGAGCUCGACUACACGGCCUUGAGAGUCAUCCGCUUGGAAACAUCGCCUUCGCUGUAUCCUGGACCAAGAGCUUUUGUCGACCCGGAAUCCAUCCAAGCCAUUGUCUGCCACCAUGCAGGAAUGUCUUACUGUCAACUUGAGCAAGCUGCCAACACAUGGACUUCCUUCCCGGCCGUCACCCACAAUGUGUAUGUUGGGUUGUUCGAUGAGGAGUUCGGUCUUGUUCUACCUGCAUCCCUCAAUGGCACUGAGGAGAAGAUCAGAGAGCAAUGGAGUUGUGCUGGUGCCAACGUUGAUGCGGCCACCUCAACAAAAGUACCAAGAUCGGAUUUUGAAGCUUCGGCUUUCAUGGCUUUCAUGCCCACAUGGGGUAUGUGACUCUGAUCCCUCUCGAUGAUAUAUCAUACUAACCACAAGAACAAUAUAGCUCAUAAGAUUAUCAAGAAAGCUAACCCAGAAGACUUGGCUCAACGAAUGUUGCCAGAAGGAGUCCUUCCCUCUGGCGCUCGUUUUGUUCUGGCAUGCUUUUGGGCCUUCCUCUGCGCCAUUGAUGGUAAGAAAGCCAAAACUCUACCAACACAAAAUAAAAGCACCAUAUGUACUGACCACGCCACUAGACAUUACUGAGGAUGGAGCAUGCUCGGACUGUAUCGACACUUGCAUCGAAUCAUUCGCCUCAGCAACCACACUCCAAGAACUCUCCCUCAAGAUCAAGAACAUCUGGUCCCGCUCCGAAGCAGAGAACCCCAAGUUGAAAGACACCAAAAUCGUCAUCACAGCUUUCCACCACGCCGUCUGCUCCACGCAACUCUUCCCUGAAAACCCCAACGAGAAUGAAGAGUGGAAGCUCCACUUCUGGCACGAAGUCGGUGUCGUCGUCAAGGCACUCCAAGAUGAGAAGCCUCUCCAUGGCAGACGAUUCGCAAUGAGCGAGUGGAUCCGUCUUCGAAUCCUCACCAUCUCCGCUCGUCCUUUCAUAGUCGUUGCCAGAGCUGGUCUGGGUUUGCCUACCAGUCUCCCCAACAUAUACCGAGUAUCCUCGAGAAUAUCCCAGAUGGAGGUCCUCACACAAUCCAUCCUCGGAUUGCAAAACGAUCUUUUGGGCUGGCAAAAGGAUCACAUCGAGGGAAAUCCAAUGUGUUGCGUCGAAAUCUUGAUCCGCAAUGGCAUGGGUUUGAAGGAGGCCUUUGCUGAGACUCUCGGUGCUCACAAUGAGCUUGUCCGGGCAUUGCUGGCAUUUGCAGAGUUGGGCGGCACGAUGAAUGGAGCCUCGGAUGACUGGACUACGUACGUCAAAGUUCUGGUCUCGUUCUGCAAUGCUAUGGCCAUGUGGAUGAUGGUUAGCAAGCGGUAUUGCCAUCGGGACAACGCUCUACCAGUCAAGGGUAUUGAGGUUGCCAAAGUUGAUCUGAUUGAGAAGAAGCCCUUCGAUGUUGUUGAGAUCGAUACUGUUUCUCGUAUUAUCCGUUUCGUCGACGAGAAAUCCGAGGAUAUCGUUCAUGAAAUUCUGAAAGGCCUCAUCGACGAAGUAGAAAACAAAUCCAAUGAGAUCAUCAAGACCACUGAGGUCUUUGAUUGCAUCUCAUAA